UUUAAGGACACUGAUGAGAACGGUGAGAUCAAAAUGGAUGUUUUAACAGAUUAACUUUCUUAUACUUUGAUGAGUCAUCGGGGAAACAUCACACAACAUCGGAUUAACGUAACAGGACAAUAUUGGCUGAUAAGAUUCUUCAUUUUGUGGUGAUCAAACCAGCAUGACGCUUGAAGUCUUUGCCAAUUAAGUGCAGUCACAUGUUAGAGUUCUUUGAUGUGAUAUUUGAUAUUUUAGUAUUAUCUUAACCUUUCUUAAAGUAUUUUGUUUUUGAGCGUCUGUGUAAAUCAGUUUUUUCUAACUGUGAUUAACUGCAAUUUUUGUUUUAUAUUAAACAACGGCUGUAAGUGAAAAAAGACGGAUUGUGAUCAAAACAAUGUCAGCCAACGCCAACCACAUACAGGCUUGAAUUUCACCUUAAAAUCUUUGGGGUUUUUGUCAUCAACAUGUCAUAUUUGAGUGGACAUGCGAGCACCUCUGUUAGCAUGACUCCUGAUAGCAUGGACUCCAACGAGCUGACAACCCAAAGCGACCUGAGGCCUCCGGUGAUGGGUCUGAUCCUGAGCAUCAGCUCUUGCCUCAUCAUCUCCACCAACCUUCUAGUGGCAGCCGCUUUACUUAAGCUACUCCUCAAGAAAAGUAGCCAGAGCUGGUGCUUUGUCCUCAACUUGGCACUGGCCGAUGCUAUGGUGGGUGUGGCUAUCACUGGCCUGGCCACAGAGGACUUCAACAGCAACAGCAACAAUAUCACUCAGAACCAGCGAAGCCAUGUCACUGCUGAACCUCCCGCAAACGGCACGCCUGCUGCUCAGGGCAGGUCCCGGUGUUUGAUGCGGAUGGCCUUUGUGACAUCGCCCUGCACAGCAUCCAUCAUGUCCAUGUUCUUGAUCUCACUUGACCGCUACGCAGCCAUCAAGAUGCCCCUGCGGUACUCCCAGCUGUCUGGGAAGGGGACAGCAGUCGGGUCCCUGCUGGCUCUGUGGAUCAGCUCCCUCACUAUGGGAUUCUUGCCAGUCAUGGUGCGGCAGCUGCAGGCGGACAUCUACGACGGCUUCUGUGCCUUUUUCUCCGUCAUUGACCCAGUGGGCAUCAUUGUGUUGUUCAGCGUGUGCUUCUUCCCUGUGCUCUCUGUAUUUGUUUACAUCUACCUGGACAUCCUAAAGAUCGCCUACAGCCACCAGAAGCAGAUCUGCCAAGUUAGGCAAGCUGGUUCCAGGACAGCUGACCACCAUGGCCAUCAACAUUACGAGCAUCAUCACCAGUAUCAGCAGCUGAGGAGCUAUAACUGGAGCCAUGUCAAGGCCCUGAGGACGGUGGCGGUGCUUGUGGGCUGCUUCUUGGUCCUCUGGUGCCCCUUCUUUGUGGCGUGCAUAGUGCACCUUCUGUGUAAAAGCUGCGAACUCACACACCUGUUGGAGAAUUAUCUAUGGCUGUUGGGACUGUCCAACUCACUGAUAAACCCUCUGGUGUAUGCCUUCUGGCAAAGGGAGGUGCGGCUGCAGUUAGCAGCCAUGUUUUCCUGCUUUGCAGGCAGGUUGUUGGCUGCUGGACCACCAGGUGUCACAGAAAGAUGUGACCCCCAGCCACCUGUGCUGACUCAAGCUAGUGUUUCCGGUGGAGAUACGCUCAACCCUUCGCUGUUGCCAAUUAUCGGUAACGACAAGACUCACACUGUGCCACUAUCGGCCACGACCAGCUUGUGAAAGAAACCAGAGAAACAGUGGCAACAAAAACAUGGCUAGGCAGAGUGUAUUAUCAAUGUCAUAUUCUAGAUACUGUGGCUGUAGAGUUCUUACAAAGAAACGGACAAACAUAAACAACUUGUUUUAAGAGCUGUGUAAGACUAACUUGCUCCACUCACACCCUUUCUUUCUGAAAAGCUGAAACAUGUUCCUUCCAAAUUUUAAGCUAAAUUGAUAUCUACCAGACAGCAAAAUAUGAGGACCCCUUCAUUUUAACCAAGAUAAAACUACAAUUAUUGAGGCCUUGACAUUGUGCCACGUGUCUUUUUUUCCCCUCAAAAAAUUAAUAUCUCUGUUUUGAAUUUCAAACUUUUCAUGUAAGAGCUAAUUCUAAGACCUGAACAGGAAUGUGAAUUACGGAGGUACUAGUUUUAACUUUACUUUAACUUUAAAUUGAUUCAUGAAUUUGACCCUUAUUUAUUCACAACCACAUUUUUUUUGUAACUCUUUUUUUAAUACUGGAGUUGAGAGUUGAGUGUGUUUUACAUUUACAUCUUCGGCACUGACCCGGGCCCCAUUAUUAAGACUUUUUUGGGAAACAGGGCCUCAAUACUCCAGAGGUCUGUAAGCCAAAAAUAAAAACAUUAAGUAGUACUUUCCAUAUUAAAUUUCUAAUAGUACACUGAUUAUAAUCCCUACAGAAAGGUCCUUGUCUCACUCCAUCACACAUGCACCAGUCUGCAGCAGAAUUAUUCUGUACUCUACAGUACUACAUAGGCCUCAGCCCAAUUUGUCCCAAUUCCUCUAGGCCUGAGCCCGAUUGGGGCCUGACAACUAAUAAAGUUUUAAAGUCAAAACUUUCUCUUCCUUUCUUUUACUCUAUGUAAUGUAAUGUAAUGUACUCUAGUUUUUCGGACUAUCCAUCAUCAUGUGUUCAGUACUAAUGUAUCUGUAAAAUAUGUUGGCACUGAACACAUAACAAGUAUCAUGUGGCAUUCAAGGAAAAUUCUUCUAAAAUUACUUUUAGCCAUGCUAGUGGCAUGACACUGUGGAUGGCAAUAUUGGUCUGUCGGUCGGUUCGUCGCUCCACCACUUUGGUCCAGACUGAAAUAUCUAUCACAUAGAUUGCCUUGACAUUUUAUGCAGACAUUUAUGAUCCCCAGAGGAUGAAUUCUACUGACUUUGGUGAUCCCCUGACUU